GGAAAGGUCCAUUUACCUGCCACAAAUCUGCACACAACACGAAAACAGUGAAUCUACUUAGCCUCUCUGUCCAGACUCAAAGUUUCCUCUUCCCACUAAAUCUGAAAACAAUCCUCCUUUCCUUUCGAGUCAGUCGACUCUUAGCAAGUUGAAGCUUUUACGUGCGCCCAAUUCUUUGUACGAAGCAGAAAUGCGGUUCAUUUCGCUUCGCCAUCCUUCUCCGUCUCCCCUGGGCGCGGCGGGCGCGACAGAGAGAGAGAGAGAGAGAGAGAGAGAGAGAGAGAGAGAGAGAGAGUAGAAUAAGAAACAGAGCUUCGGAAUGGGGGAGGCGUCGGUGAAGGAUUCCGAUUUCUCGUUGGAUUCACGCCUGUGAUCGCUCUAGACGUGGGCCCAUUGUCCUUCUAGAAGGCCGUAUCGGAUUCAGCUUCCAAAGCUCGGGUGUUCAUUGCGAUUCGGUGUCGGACUCCUGCGGGGUUUGUGAUUUUCGUGUGGCUUAAUCCAUCGUCUCCUCGUGUCCCUCUCGGCGAAGCGAUUCCCAGUUCGGUCCCAAGUCAAACCGCUGGCGUCCUCUACUGUAACGUUGAUGUCCGAGAAAACCACUCGUGUCCUUGAGCAUCCAAAGCCAAAUGUCUCACGUAGCAGAUAAGCCCUGAUCCCUGGGGUUUGUUUCGCUGGAUCAAAGAGGAGCAAUCAUUCCAGCUGUUUGUGGAAUUUUAGGUGCGAAGGUGCAAGAAAGGUGGGAUUUUUAUCAAGUUUUUUUGGCCUUGUUCUUCCGAUAUCUCCCCCCCUGCGUUCUGGGCUCUCCCUUCUUUUCCAGCUGCUUGCAGCCCGGCACGUGGGUUGCGACAGCUCCAAAAGUUCAUCAAAGGAUGGUCUUCUCUAGGAGGUUUUUGUUCCCGGGAACCGGGGUUUAAAUUUGUGUCAGUGAAUUGAAAGCAGGGAUCGUUUUUCCUUUCUUCUUCUUCUUUUCUUUGCCGCUCGUUUCUUUAGGAAGCCUCCACUUUGGGACUUCCUCCUCCCUUGAUCUUGAGAUUUUUGGUAGCGGGGGGAUUUGAUUUCUCCCGAGCUGGACAUUCCUUGGUGGUUGUAUUUGGCGUAGCUUCUUUAUUUGGACUUUGGCGAUUUCGCAAUACAAGAGGAAAUGACUGGAAGAAGAAGAAGAAGAAGAAGGAAGCUUCACCUCAGUAAAUUAUACAGCUUUGCAACUUGCGGUAGGUUGAGGUUCAACGAAGAUCAUGCUCAGAUCGGAAGCCCGGGAUUCUCCCGUGUGGUCUUUGCCAAUGACCCUGAUUGCUUCGAGGCUACCAACUUAAAUUACGGAUCCAACUAUGUUUCCACCACCAAGUAUACCUUGGCUACCUUCUUGCCCAAGUCCUUGUUUGAGCAGUUCAGGAGAGUUGCCAACAUGUAUUUUCUAGUUUCAGGAUGCCUUUCGUUUACUCCAUUGGCUCCAUACACCCCCCUGAGUGCGGUUGCCCCUCUGGUUCUGGUGAUCGGGGCGACCAUGUUGAAGGAGGGCAUUGAGGACUGGAGGCGAUACCAGCAGGACAUCGAGGUGAACAAUAGAAAGGUGAAAAUACAUCACGGAAAUGGCAAUUUUGAUUACACAGAAUGGAAGAGUCUUAGAGUUGGUGACAUUGUGAAGGUGGAGAAGGAUGAGUUCUUCCCUGCGGACCUCAUUUUGCUUUCCUCCAGUUAUGAUGAUGCAAUAUGUUAUGUUGAGACCACAAACCUUGAUGGCGAAACAAACUUGAAACUGAAACAAUCGUUGGAGGUAACUUCAGAUUUACAAGCAGACUCUGAUUUUCACAAUUACAGAGCGAUAAUCAAAUGUGAAGAUCCAAAUGCAAACCUCUACUCUUUUGUUGGAAGCAUGGACUAUGAAGACCAACAAUACCCUCUCACACCUCAACAACUUCUUCUUAGGGAUUCAAAGUUGCGAAACACUGACUACAUAUAUGGAGCUGUUGUUUUCACAGGUCAUGACACAAAGGUUAUGCAGAAUGCCACAAGCCCCCCAUCUAAAAGAAGCAAAAUUGAGAGGAAGUUGGACAAGAUUAUAUACCUUCUACUGUCCUCCCUGGUGCUUAUCUCAUUAAUUGGUUCAAUCUUCUUUGGCAUAUCAACGAAUAAUGAUUUAGAUGGAGAGAUGAAAAGAUGGUAUCUUAGACCUGAUGAUUCUGUUAUCUACUUUGAUGCUAAGAAAGCACCUACUGCAGCAGUGUUGCACUUUUUGACAGCCAUGAUGUUGUAUGGUUAUUUCAUUCCUAUUUCUUUAUAUGUUUCGAUAGAGAUAGUCAAGAUCUUGCAGAGCAUUUUUAUGAACCAAGAUAUUAAAAUGUACCAUGAGGAAUCAGACAAGCCUGCUCGUGCUCGAACAUCGAACUUGAAUGAGGAGCUAGGUCAAGUAGAUACAAUCCUCUCGGAUAAGACGGGAACGCUUACUUGUAACUCAAUGGAGUUCAUUAAGUGCUCAAUAGCUGGAACUGCUUAUGGGCAUGGGGCGACCGAGGUUGAGAGAGCAAUGGCUAGAAGAAAAGGCUCACCAAUGAUUAGUAGGCUAGAUGCUGCACAACAUGAUGAGGAAAAUCAUGUGGAUACAAAACCGGCCAUAAAGGGUUUCAAUUUUAGUGAUGAACGUAUCAUGAAUGGCAGUUGGAUUAGUGAGCCUCAGUCUGACAUCAUACAGAAAUUUUUUCAACUAUUGGCCAUCUGCCAUACUGUCAUACCUGACGUGGAUGAGGAAACAGGCAAAAUUUCAUAUGAAGCUGAGUCACCUGAUGAAGCUGCCUUUGUUGUUGCCGCAAGGGAAAUAGGCUUCGAGUUUUACCGCAGGACACAGACAAGCAUCUAUCUGCAUGAAAUGGAUCCAUUGUCAGGCAAACAAAUUGAUAGGAUAUAUAGACUACUAAAUAUCUUAGAGUUUAGUAGCUCCAGGAAGCGCAUGUCAGUUAUAGUUCAAGAUGAAGAAGGAAAGUUGCUUCUAUUUAGCAAAGGUGCUGACAGUGUAAUGUUUGAGAGGCUUGCAAAAGAUGGGAGAGAGUUUGAGGAAAGGACCAAGGAGCAAAUCAAUGAAUAUGCUGAUGCAGGUUUAAGGACCUUGGUUCUUGCAUGUCGUGAGAUUGAUGAAGAGGAAUACACAAAUUUCAACAAGAAGGUCACGGCAGCCAAGAAUUUAGUCAGUGCAGAUCGAGAUGAAAGGAUCGAGGAAGCUGCAGAUUUGAUUGAAAGGAACUUGAUUCUUCUUGGUGCCACGGCUGUUGAAGACAAACUGCAAAAUGGAGUACCUGAAUGCAUUGACAAACUAGCUCAAGCUGGAAUAAAAAUAUGGGUACUGACAGGUGACAAGAUGGAGACAGCCAUCAAUAUUGGCUUCGCUUGUAGUCUUCUAAGACAAGGAAUGAAGCAGAUAAUAAUCACUUUGGAAACACCAGAAAUAGUUCGAUUGGAGAAAGAUGGGAACAAAGAAGCCAUUGUUAAGGCAUUGAAGGACAGCAUUAUCCAUCAGAUAAAUGAAGGGAAGAAACUUCUGAGUUCAUCAAGUACUGAAUCAUUUGCUUUGAUCAUAGAUGGGAAGUCACUUGGAUAUGCUUUGGAGGAUGAUGUUAAAGACAUGUUCUUACAGCUGGCAAUUGGUUGUGGAUCAGUUAUAUGCUGCCGUUCUUCUCCCAAGCAAAAAGCCCUUGUCACACGGCUUGUUAAAGCCGGUACUCAUAAAGUGACAUUAGCAAUUGGUGAUGGGGCCAAUGAUGUUGGAAUGCUUCAAGAAGCAGAUAUAGGUGUCGGUAUCAGUGGCGCUGAAGGAAUGCAGGCUGUCAUGUCGAGUGAUGUUGCAAUUGCUCAGUUUCGCUUUCUGGAGCGCUUGCUACUGGUGCACGGGCACUGGUGUUACAGGAGGAUAUCAUCAAUGAUAUGUUACUUCUUCUACAAGAACAUCACAUUUGGUGUCACACUCUUCUUGUUUGAGGCAUAUGCAUCAUUCUCUGGUGAACCUGCAUACAAUGAUUGGGUUUUGUCAUUAUAUAACGUUAUCUUCACAUCUCUUCCAGUGAUUGCUCUAGGUGUCUUGGAUCAAGAUGUUUCAGCUCGAUUUUGUCUAAAGUUCCCCAUGCUUUACCAAGAAGGUGUGCAAAAUGUCAUCUUCAGCUGGCUCCGGAUCUUUGGUUGGAUGUUCAAUGGCAUUUGCAGUGCCAGCAUCAUCUUUUUCUUCUGCACGAGAGCGCUCCAGCACCAGGCCUUCCGGAAAAGCGGUGAAGUCAUCGACCUUGGAAUUCUUGGGGCCACAAUGUACACAUGUGUAGUUUGGGUUGUCAACUGCCAAAUGGCUCUAUACAUCACCUACUUCACUCUGAUACAACACAUCCUCAUCUGGGGUAGCAUCGCUGUUUGGUACCUCUUUCUCCUGGUCUAUGGAGCCAUCACCCCCACCAUAACGACCACUGCUUUCAUGGUAUUCAUCGAGGGAUUGGUGCCAGCCCCUUCUUACUGGAUUGUGACGGCUUUUGUCGUCGUUGCCGCCCUCAUCCCCUACUUCACUUAUUCUGCAGUUCAGAUGCGAUUCUUCCCGAUGUACCACAACAUGAUUCAGUGGAUAAGAUAUGAGGGGUGGGCAGAUGAUCCUGAGUACUGCCAAGCCAUACGCCAGAGAUCAGUGAGGCCAACAACGGUCGGGGUGUCUGCUCGUCUUGAUGUGAAGGUUAGUCAGUUAACAAGGAAAGUCCACCAUGAAGUUCACUCACAGUUGCAGCUUUAGCCCGACUGAGUCGAUACUCAUUGUACAGCCAUGACAAAAAUCAUGUCGAAGUGGUUCCAUGACACCCAUCCCCGAACCAAAUGCAGACUCCAAGUGAGAGCAGCUUGCAAGGAUGGAUUACGUUGUCCAAAGUAGUGCGGCUGAGAAGCAACUUACUGUUCUUUUAUAACUAAUUCCUUGAGAUCCAAGGGAAAAUAAAAUCCAUAUAAAUUGUAAAUAUCAAUUUUUGGGUUCAUUGAUUUAAGAAUAAGCAUUUUUUUUUUCAAUGUAUACAUCUAAUGUACACAACUGGUAUCAAAAUUUUUUUUUUCCCCUUUUAUUUACCCAAAUUCAGUUGUUGCUCCUCCUAUUGGAGAAGAACUGGAAUUGAAGCUGGCAAAACUAUUGAAAGAUGACUGAGUUUUCUGUUCUUGUAAUAGGUAGGUAGCACCAUGUUGUGUUUUAGAAGACUGGUAGUAGCAUUAUGGGCCUUUUAAGUUUAUCUUCAAAUGGGAUCAGGAGGGUAUUAGAGAGGAAAAAAUGUCAAAAGGAAGUAGCUUUUACAAGAUGAUCGAAGGAUGAUGUUCUUCUUUGGUGAAUUCAUUAAAUUCAAGGGGUGAAAAUUCCAAGA